AUGGCAGAUUUGGCGCCCGCGACGCACUUUACACCACGACCGGUGUUCGUCUUCGACAAUCCACGAUCACGCUCUCAUCUGUUCUUCCGAUGGAUCUCAACCAGUCCGAAACUUGCCCCAAUCCACCACGCUUUCAUGAUGGCAUCCCUACUUGGCCCAGAUCGUUUCACGCUGCACACCCGAGCUUCUCCGGGCAGGAAACAGCAAACCCAAAGCGCUGUUGCUCCUUUUUGCGGCGAUGAGACACAUGAGACCUGCAGAACCCAACUAGCCCAGCAUGUCUUGAACGCUCAUGAGAAGAGUCUCAUCCCGUUUGUCAACGAACACUGCGUCUUAGCUUUCAAGCACGAAGACAUGUUUCCACUGUUGCGGGGGACAAGGGACAGCUACAGGCACUUUACUAACUCCACCCACAUACCUGACGAUUUCUUCAAAAUCAUCAAGCCGGUGCUAGUCAUCAGGCAUCCGAUUCUGGUGGUUGACUCACUCUGCAGAGCGAUCGAGCAAGAGGGCAGCAAGCCUGCGCCUGCGGAAGAGGACUUUGAAGCCAUCACGACGCUGAAGCUCAGUCGGCAUUUGUUCGAUGGGUUCUGCUCGCAAGGCCGCAAACCACUUGUUGUGGAUGGAGAUGAUGUGCUCUGGAAGACUGCUGCGGUGGGCAAGGCUGUUUGUGAAUACAUUGGCAUCAACGCAGAUGAGUUGAGCGAGACGUGGACGCCAUAUCCGGCGCAUGAGCGACCGACUGCGAAUGCGUACGCUUAUGAGUGGACGAAGGUGGUGUGGGAGAGCGAUGGCAUUCAUCGUCCUGCGGAGAAGCCCGAGGAACCGGAGCUGGAGAAGUACUGUGCCAUUUGGGAGGCGAGUUACGGCAGUGAGGCGGGUGUUGCGCUGAAAGCACUGGUGCUGAAGAACAUGCCGCACUACGAAUACUUGUCGCAGUUCAAGAUUGGUGGUCCACUGCAGGACAAGCCUAUGAUGACACCGAGCAGCAACAUUGGCGCAGAUUACUUCAGCCUUACUCGUGGGGAAGAGGAAGAGGGUGAGCCGUGGGACAUCCAUCGUCAGGAUUCUUGUACGCCAUUUUGA